AAAAAAGUUGCCAAAUCAAAAUGGUCACCGAGCCGAAGUCCGUUGAGCCCAAGGUCAGCACCAAGGAGGCGCAGUGCCAGUCAUCGGACUGCGAGACUUCCCAGCAGGAGCCGGUCUCGCAAGUAAGCAGCACGAAGGGCGCCCGUGUGGGGAUCUUCAAUGCCGAGGACUUCUUGUCGCGUGCUCAGAUGAACGACAAAAUCAACAACAUCUUGUGCUCGCCCACCAAGCCGCCCAACGGGGUGCGCCAGCGCUCCGUCUACACCAACAACCCAUCGCCGCAAGCAAGCUUGCGUGUCGGCAUGACUGGGGGGCAGCUGUCCCAACGCAUGAGCAACAUCUCGCUGUCCUCCGGCACGGACUCCGUGGGCCACAUGGAUCGCGGCAGCAGCUCCAGUCUCGCUAGCAGCGCCACCGUUGGCACCAACACCAUCACCAGCGGCAUUUCCAAGGAGUGCGCCAAUUACCCCGUCGGCAGUCAGUCGGCCCGUCCAUACGUCCAACUGCCGGGCAUACACAUUUCCAACCCUCCCCAGUUCGGGCCAGGGAAUAUGCAGGAAAUAGACGCUGGCAAAAUGGCGCACAACGGCAAGGCACUCACAGGGCGCUACAAUGCCACGCCCACCUAUGGCUUCGACAACGAGCAGAACUACUGCCUGAAUUCCCAACAGUUGCCGUCUCCAAUGCCCCCUCCACCAUACGCCUUGGCACGCGUGAACAGCACACGCAACUUCGAGCUCGAGAACCACACACCGCCGGCAUGUCCCGGCUCUGGACCCAUUGACAUGACGAACGGCACCAUCCAGUUGCUCCUCCGCGAUGGCGUGCGCAUUGACAAGCACACUUUAGGGACCUUGACGUGGAGAGAGGGAUUCAGUUAUGAUCCCGGAAUUUAGAAAUAUCAAAAUCAAUUUGGG